AUGGUAUAUGACUGGGACGCGCAUCAGGAGACGUGUUAUCGGCUGUAUAUCGACGAGGGCAGGUCCCUCGAGGACAUUAUGGACCAUAUGAAGACUGUUCACAAGUUCACACCGAGCAAGCGAGCAUUCCAGACGCAGUUCCGCCGCUGGAACUUUCCGCCAAAGCAACGGCCCGCAUACCAGAAUGACCGUCUGGUAAGCCGCAUCAAGGAACUCUGGGAAAAGAAUUUGGCCCAGAAGGAGAUGCUUCGGAUCUUGAAUGAGGAGGAUGGCUUCGACAUCAAGGCUAGAGAACUUGUCAGAGUCCGAGCUCGGAACCGGUGGUUAUUGAGAGCACCCAACGGCGACAAAGGUAGGGCCCCCCUCGGGGAUGACGACGACGACCAGACAGAGGGAGAAGAGUUGCCCAGCUCGUCUGUACCCAUGACGGAUGCAGGUUCCCCCGCAGCUCCAAGAAACGUCUUGUCCGCCACUGGCUCUGAUACCCAACAAGAUUCGGACCGUGACAUGCGUGCAGAAUCUGCCAGCAGUUCCAGAAGGAAACGGCGGAGAGCAAGGCAAUCUGCCACUGGGGGCGAGUCUGGAUCGCUAAAUCGCUUUCCGUCCGAGAUGACGCUUGACGAGGCCCGAGCUAUUCUCGACCUUGAUGUGUCCAUAUAUCGCGCUCUGAGGACACAAUUUCAACAAAUAUGCCAAGAGGAUAAUAUUUUCAAGAAGACCACGGCUGGCACCGAGAAAUGGGAUGCAGCCAAAACAAAACUUGUUCGUCAGAUGCCGCAGAUACAUGGCUUGCUCUGGUCGAAUAGCGAGAAACCCGAGGUCCGGCAACUUGCUCUAGAUAUCAUAUGUACGGAUGUCACGAAGCGGAUGCGGACCAUGGAGAAGAGAAUGACUCUCGCAGAGGCGAAAAAUGUACUCGGUAUUAACCCGGAAGAGGCACGCGAUAUGCGGACGGCAUUCUACCUGGUCCUUGCUGAUUCUGGUUUCACAUGCAAGUCAGACGCUACACCGCAACAGUGGGAAGAUUUGAAGACGAAGUGGGGAGAUAAAUCGGCCUUGGCCAAGCGAAUAAUGAUGAAUACAAGGACAAACGGUGACGAAAAGCAGGAGCAGGCUCGAGCUGUAGAAGUCCUAGCUAAAGAUAUUAUGAAGAGGCUACGAGAUGAGAGAGGUCGCAAAGACACGAGGAGGCAUCACCACCAACACUUGCCAAUCAGCCCGGCCGGUUCAUCGCAGGCUGGGCAGCUGUCCAAGACGUCUGAAACAGGUCAUCCACCUAGUUCUCCGUCAAACGACCAGGUGGCUCUGGCGGAGGGAAACGGAAAUCCCAAUUUUGACACCAUGUCAGACGUAUCUCACAUUUCACAGAUGGCAUUUAGCCCUCCAAGCAGCAGCAUCGGCGGGCAUUUGCCCAUGUCGCUACAAUCACAGACGUCGAACCUGUCAGAUUCGCGAGAUGGAUUGCCCCGAUCGCCCCGAGUGCUUGGAUCAUCGCCAAUACCGCCAGGAAUGGGUCUUGAAUCUCAGAUGAGCUCGUCGUUGUUGCUUGAAGCCAACACCCAAGCCGCUUUCAUGGAUCAACCCUAUGUACAGCCGCAAUACGCGCCGCCGGCCACGUCGGCGCCUGUCUUUACGCAAGUCCAGCGAGCAUCCACAGCAUGUGCAAUUUUCCUACGCUUCCACCCGUCAUCGUCAAGCUACAUCCCCAGCUCAAAUCUAUGGAUAGCCACCCUCACUUCGCAUUCAGUGCAGGAGCUCCGACAAGUGGCCGCUGCCAAGUUCCCUGGGACGGCAUGCCUCCGCGUCGAGGGCGUGCUCAAGGAUGGCAAGGGCUGUGAGUUACCUCUCCAGAUCGAAGAGGAUCAGGAAUUAAGCGCGUACUUGGCGCACUUGCAAGGCACCGCGCCAACGUUCAACGUGCAACUAGUGUGGGAGACGCCUUGA